AUAAUUCAUCUGACCCAUCCAACACUCGCUGUUCUUUCGCUGGCAUCGACGCCACGCCUCCCAUCGCCAUCAGAAUCGAUAUGCUCUUCCAAAGACAUCAGAUUCGUUACUCUUUCCGUAGAAAAUGCUCAAGCUCGCCCAGCACUGAGCACUCCCCGUCGCCGCUCGCUCCCAUACACAUCUCCGGCGCAUCGUAGCUGCGAGUGAGAUCGAGCUUGUCGGCAGCAGAGCAAUGGAGGCUGCUCUAGUUAGUGUCUCCACAGGGGUGAUGAAGCCCCUCCUGUCCAAGCUCACCAAGCUGCUGGAAGAAGAGUGCUUCAAGCUCAAAGGUGUGCGCAAGCAGAUCAAGUUUUUGAGAGACGAGCUGAGCGCCAUGAGUCCCGCGCUUGAGAUGCUCGCGGAUGCAGAGGAGCUCGACCCUCAAAUGGCGGCGUGGAGGGACAAGCUAAGGGAGCUGGCCUAUGACUUGGAAGACUGCGUUGAUGCCUUCAUGGCUCGUGUUGACCACGAGCCUGAUGGACAUUCAGGCUUCAUCAAGAGCUUCUUCCGCAAGCUGAAGAAACUGAAACCACGCCAUGAGAUCGCCAAUCAGAUCGAAGAACUCAAGGCAUCUGUUAUAGAGGCAAGCGAGAGGCACAAGAGGUAUGAUUUGGCCCAACUGAAAAACAAAUCUAGCAGUUCUUCUGUUGAUCCCAGGCUGCAGGCGCUCUAUGAGGAUAUUGAUAAUCUUGUGGGCAUCGAUGCCCCCAAGAAGCAUAUCAUUGAGUUGUUAAACAUGGAGAUGAAUGGGUCAUCCACUAAACUUAAAGUGGUCUCAAUUUCUGGUUGUGGAGGUCUUGGUAAGACUACUCUUGCAAAGCAAGUCUAUGAAGGCAUUAAAAACCAGUUCGAAUGUGCAGCAUUUGUGUCGGUUUCUCGAACUCCGGAUGUCAGGAAGAUUCUAAUACACAUUGCUAAUGGAGUCAAGUGCACUGGUAUUAAAACACAAGAUGAUGAUUUGCAGCAGCUCAUUGAUAAACUCAGGGAACACCUUCACGAUAAAAGGUAUAUUGUCGUGAUUGAUGAUGUAUGGAACACAGAAGAUUGGGGAUUUAUCAAACUUGCAUUACCGGAUAAUGAUCGUGCGAGCAGAAUAAUCAUGACGACACGUAGUGUUACAGUUGCAAAAUUUUGUUCUUCUCAAGUUCAUGAAAUGGAGGCUCUUAGUUUUGAUGACUCCAAAAGGUUGUUCUUCAGGAGAGCAUUUGGCUCCGAGAAUUCAUGUUAUCCUCACUUGGAAGACGUUCCAAACAAAAUAUUAAGGAAAUGUGGUGGUCUGCCAUUGGCAAUUGUUACUGUAUCUGGCAUAUUAGCCAAUAUGUUAGCAAAGGCAGAAUGGGACAGGGUACUUAAUGCUAUUGGUUCUUCACUUGCAAAGAAAGAUGAUGCUAAGACGAUGACCAGUAUCUUAUCUUUGAGUUAUUUUGACAUUCCUCACCAUCUAAGAACUUGUUUGUUGUACUUGAGUGUGUACCCGGAAGAUUAUGAGAUUGAGAAACAAUGUUUGAUCAGUAGGUGGAUUGCAGAAGGGUUCAUUCAUGAGGAAGAAGGUCAAAGUAAAUAUGAAAUUGGUGAGGGUUACCUCAAUGAUCUGAUCAACAGAAGCAUGAUCCAACCUGUUGAAGUAAAAUAUGGUCAGGCGAAGGCAUGUCGAGUGCAUGACAUCAUCCUUGACUACAUCAAAUGCAAGGCUGCUGAAGAGAAUUUUGUAACUUCAUUAGAUGCUGUACAGCCUGUGUGUACUUCAGAAUACAAGGUUCGUAGGCUUUGCUUCAGCAACCACAACGAAGAAAAUGUUACUUUGUGGGCAGAUCAGUUAUUGUCUCAGGUUCGAUCAAUUACUAUAUUUGGAGAGCCUGUUAAAAUCUCUUUUUUGCCUUCCACUGCUCUACUUGUGUUGGACCUAGGAGAAUGCACAAGCAUGAAAGACCAUCAUCUUGCAAGUAUUGGGAAGUUGUUUAAUCUUAAGUACUUGCGUCUCGGCUCACCUUCAAUAAAUAGGCUCCCUGAAAAUGUUGGUGAACUACAACAUCUACAAACAUUGGAUGUGCGAGGCACCAGUAUCAAAGAAGUACCACGAACUAUCUCAAAACUUCAACAGCUGGCACGUUUCUAUGUUGAUUGGGAUGCUCGAUUUCCAGAUGGAAUGAUUGGGCAGAUGGUUAGCUUGGAAGAGCUGGGGCAGUAUGGAGUUGUAUCCUAUCAGCAAGAGCAGCAAUCCAAUCAAGAAUUCAGUAAACUAACCAAGCUGAGAACACUAAAAAUAAAAUGGCAAUUUAAUUUACCUGAUGACUCAGAAGGAAGAAGCCAACGCGAGGGCAUUCACAAUUACGUGGGAAAUUUAUUAUCUUCAUGCAACCUCCAUAACCUUUAUAUCCGGGCAGACUCUAGACAGGCGUACCCACUGUCACUACAUUCUUGGCACCCUGCUGCCUCCUGUAGCCUCCGUAAGCUCUGCAUAAAAGGACAUGCCAUCUAUAAGGUACCAAAUUGGAUGGGUUCACUUGGAAAUCUCGGUGUGCUACAACUAUGCGGCGUAAUAUGUUUGAGACCAGAAGAUGUUGAGAUCCUUGGAGAAAUACCAUGUUUGCUUUUUCUCAAACUAAGCACUGUCGGGGGCACCAACGGAAGGAUCAUCUUCCCUGGCAACAACGGGUUCAGAAGUCUGAAAUAUUUCUCCCUGCGUAUGUAUGCUUGUGGGACCUUGCUGAAGUUUGAAGCGGGAUCAAUGCCAAAGCUUGAGCACGUGGAGAUUAAAUUAUUUCUGCAUAAGAUGGAGUGCCUGAAUGGUGCUCCACCUAGUUUGGGCAUCCAACACCUCUCUGCUCUCAGCAAGGUAGAGAUCAUAAUUUAUGGCAGGUCAGAUGAGGAUGACAAUGAUGAUAACGCCUUUAGCUGUGUUUCAAGAGCCAUUAAUGCUGCCAUCAAGACACUUUCCAACCAUCCCACUGUCAGGUUCGAUACAGAAGAAUAUUAUGAUGAUGGCUGCCAACAUUUCGAAUCCGUUUUGAGGGAUUCGAAUGAAGAGAGUGAGGGGUUAUUCAACGAGUGGCUCAAGCUUUGGCAAAUUAGAGAAGAGCAGGCAGAGCAAGCUACUGAUUCAGAGACUGAACAAGAGGAUGAGUCACAUGGAAAUGAAGAAGAUGGGCGGACUCACGAGGACGAAGAGACCAGUGAAAACGAAGUGGCGCAGCAAGAUGACAGUGGUAGCAACAAUUAGAAUGACGUAUCAGUUUGCAAGAGAUUGAUGGGUAGGCUACUUGGAUCUUGGAAAUUUGGCUGUUGAAGGUGUCUACUGUCUAGAGUCUACCUCUAGGUUCAGCGAAAAAAGAGCUUUGGUACUUUAUAUGCUUUCUGUGUUGUGCUGGAUUGCAGAUUAGAUUUGGUGUGGUUUACUGGUUGUAAGAUUCGAAUUAGCUUUCAAUAAAGGCCUGGCACAUUCACAUUUGCCAGUAGGAGACACAUAUUACGGUUUUGAUUGUAUUAGGCACACCUUUUUGCCACACUAAUUUAUCUCAUCCAAUCAGAUUUAUCAA